AUGAGUAACGAACUGCAGUGGUCAGGACAAUUCACGGCAUCUUCUGCGAACAACUUGGCUGGCGACAAGAUCGUCUUGCCGCAAUCUGCUCUUGAACAAUUGCUCUCGGCUGCCUCAGUAGCUGCUGCCGCCACAGAACAACCAGAGAACGACUUCCACUCCUACUCCUCGUACUACGCCGGCUCACAACUAUCUUCACGCCGCUCCGACGAACCCAAAAAUCAAUUACCACAUCCCCUCACUUUCCGUCUGGUCAACGCAAACAAUGGUCGCGUGGUCUAUGCAGGCAUCCGCGAGUUCUCGGCUGAAGAAGGAUGCGCAACACUGAGUUCCUUCCUCAGUCAAGCCCUUGAUCUGAAAGAAGAUGGAGCACAAGUCACAAUACACGCCAGACAACUACCAAAGGGCACCUUUGUCAAAUUAAGGCCGCUCGAGGCUGGCUACGACCCUGAUGACUGGAAAGCCUUGCUAGAACAACACUUACGCUCGAAUUAUACCACCAUGACCCGUGGCGAAGUUCUGGUUGUGCCCGGCUCAGCAAGGGAAGAGUUUCGCUUUCUCGUUGACUCCUUCAAGCCAGAGUCAGAUGCCGUCUGUGUUGUAGACACUGACCUCGAGGUCGAUAUUGAAGCCCUGAAUGAAGAACAGGCAAGAGAGACACUGGCAAAGAUUGCACAGAAGAUACAAAACAAGCAAAAUAGUGGAGAAGGUAGCUCUGCAGGUGGAGACCUGGACGUUUUCAAUGCUCAGCAAGGUCAAAUUGCGCCAGGAGAUUACAUCGACUACCAGUUACCAUCAUGGCCAAGGUCGCAGGCACUCAAAAUUGAGCUCGAAGGUGCAGAGCCCGAGGAUGAUAUCGAUUUGUUGGUAUCACCCUUCUCUGCACGCCAACGAAACAGGCCUCGCAUUGAUGAACAUGUCUUUGGCGACUUCAGCGGCCGCCCUACGAAGAAGAUUCGCCUGGAAUCGUCGAAUGUUGAACUGGAAGAUGCAGAGGCCCUUUGGGUCACCAUACAUGCUUUUCGCGGCGAUGACAACCAGGGUCCUGUUGUGCCUCGUCAGUUCACCCUGCGCGUGAAGGUGGGAGAUUUGCAUUCUUCCGAGUCCAACGGAGCACCCGAACAGCCGCCCAACCCCGAAGACGUCCGUUGUAAGAACUGUGGUCAAUGGGUGCCUCAGCGAACACUCAUGCUCCACGAAAACUUUUGUUUGCGUAAUAACGUCCUCUGCCCUCAGGGCUGUGGCCAAGUCUUCCAGAAGCGUUCUCCGGCAUAUGAGAAGCACUGGCAUUGUCCACACGAUACGUUUUAUGGCAAUGGCAUGACUUCACAGCAGAAGCAUAAUCACUUGUACCAUCCCUCUUCGCCGUUCGCAUGCCAAGGAUGCAGCACAACCACCACCUUUUCUUCUCUGCCUCAGCUCGCACAUCACAGGACCUCAGUAUGCCCUGCAAAGUCGAUCUUGUGCCGCUUCUGUCACUUGUCGGUUCCACAAGAAGGUGAUCCUGAUGUUCCAAACCCUGAGGCACUGCUUUCUGGUCUCACGCCGCACGAGUUGGCAGACGGUAGUAGAACGACAGAAUGUCACCUCUGCUCACGGAUCGUGCGUCUACGAGAUAUGGAUACUCAUCUCAAGCAUCAUGAUCUCACUCGCAAAUCGCGUCCCCAGCCUCGAUUGUGUCGCAACGCAGUUUGUGGUCGUACCUUGGACGGCACAUCUCACGACGGGAAUACCAGAGCAGCCGUUAGAGACACAGGCAACGAUAUUGGCCUAUGCGCAGCCUGCUUUGGACCCUUGUAUGUCAGCAACUACGAUCCAGAGAACAAAGCUCUAAAGCGUAGAAUCGAGCGCCGAUAUUUGACUCAGCUUGUCACUGGUUGUGGCAAGUCUUGGUGUCGCAACACAUUCUGCAAGACUGGGCGAACAAACACUGGUGAAGGCGGCGCUGUGAACACGAAAGAUGCAUUGCCUAUGAUUAAGCCUUUCGUCGACGCGAGUAUUCUGCCAACUGCAGCUAAGCCAUUACACUUCUGUGUCGACGAGGCUAGUCAGACUAGAAGGGCUCUAGCUGAGAUGUUGAAGGAGGAACAUGGCAUGAAGGGUGAGGUGUAUUCACUGCCCUGGUGCGUAGGCGCUUUGGAGGCAGAGAAUGGACAAGCGGACAAAGCGAGAGAGUGGCUUGGAAACUGGGCUCCAACAAUAGCGGAGGAGGGUGCAUAA